AUGGAGAUCGCAGUAGCAGGUCACAUGACCAUCACCACCAACAUUGACCACUCGAAUUGGAGAGACGCCGUUCUCAGCAUUUGGCGCAAUCAUUGUGGUCGGACUCCAACUUCAUCGGAUAUCGACUGUUUCAGACUCAUUCUCGACGCCUCAGAAGCCUUCGUCAGCGACAGGCUCGUCGGUUGUGCCGAUCGGUGUCCGCCUCCGUCUUCAGCGCCGCUUCACGUAUCGGAGAAAUUUAGGGGUCUUUCAGUCCUUGAUGUUGUUCCACACUCCCAACUUUCUGCAUCAAGAUUCCAGGCGAAUAGGGAAAUUACGGCACGGCAACUCCAGCACAUAACACCUUACAGCGCCCAGACCCCGAGUGAUGACCCCGGUGGCAUGCAGCGGUUGUCAAGUCGUAAUCCGGAUUUGAAACACCUUCCCCUCAGAUUGCACCACGCAGAACUAGCCUCAAUACUUCCUGCGCAAAGUGUCGCUUCACAGGUGUUAUCAAAGCUUCCCGAUCAGCCUCGAUGGGGUCCUUCCGACAUUCCGGUCCCGCCUGUAACUCUUGCAGCUAUCAGCAAUGACAUUCAAAAUAGGAAGCAGAAUGGCUGCAAACCUUUCACACACAUGUCUGGAUUCGAAGAAGGCUAUCCCUGUACCCUGAGUUGUGGUCGUUGGCUUGCAUCGUCAUGUGAUCGACGGCGCCAUGAAGAGACCGUGUUCCCUCGAGAUUACUGGUCUUGCCAGACUUGCUCCUCUGGCCACUCCUCACGCAAGCAAUUUCAGUUCUUCCACAGACUCGACAAGAUACAGAAGCACAACAGAGGAGUCCACGACGGCCAGCUCGACAUCGACCACUGCAAAAUUCGUAACCCACCAGUGUUGACGCCGGCAUAUUGUGGUCUGUGCCAGUAUCGAUUUGCGGAUCGUGCGGACCGAGAUGAUCACAUUGAGAAACACCACCCAAGGGGAAAGCUAUCAUGUCAGGCCAGCAUACCAAUCGCUGAAUCCAGUCGCGUAGCUCAUGCGCCGAGCAUGAGCAUGCACUGCCCCAACCCCAGCGCAAUUGUCAGUGCCCCUACGGGCUUGGAGCAACAAUGGUCUCUCCCCCACACUAUGGUCAUCCUUCACCGCCUUGCCGCGGACUCAUCAAAAGCUUCCCAGGUACCGACUGAACAUCUUGUUGCUGUACAGUGGCUUGGCGGAGCUGUAACCAACUGCGGAGUUGCUGUCUCGUGCAGAGCUGAAAUCGCAUUCGACAUGCGACUAGGCCGCGUUGCUGAACCUCGUACCUACGUUGUAAAGCAAUACAGGCAGUCGCAUAAGGCAAUGUAUGAACAAGAGAUUGCAGCACAUUUAAUGGUCGCAGCAAGGUCUGAUAAUGGCGGUAUAACAAAAUGUUCUGGCGUCUUCGAAGGGGUUGACAACGAGGGUAUACCAACAUACAACAUACUCCUUGAUUGCUCACAACACAGUCUCUGGACAUACUGGAUGAAGAGCAGUCCUCCGAGGACUUUCGCAGGCAUACAAUCGUUUUACAAGGAACUUUUCAGCCUCGCUAUCGGUUUAGAUUCCUUGCAAGGGUUACGUGAGACGACGGACCGGGGCUCCGACUGCAUACUUAGAGGAGAUCUAAGGCCAGAGAAUAUACAUGCAUUUUCCCAGCAACAAGCAGAGCUCGCCAACAAGUUCAGGUUCGACAUGCUUUAUCAGCCUUGCACCAUCACCAGGCUACAGGCUGGAGCUGGUCGCCGUGCCUGGCGUCGUGUUUUCAUUGUACUAGUAUGGUUUGGAUGUAACUCGAAGCUCGAUCUCAUCUGUACCGUAGCUGCUACUAGCCCGGACUACGGUAAGCCCGUCCUCAAACUUUCCACAGUGUCGGCAGAGCCGACUAUCACAGGUGCUGAACAGAACUCGGUGGACGGGAGUACCGACAACUUCUUGGAGAAGGUUCGCCGAGCGGAGAUGCUGGCGUUCAGCUGCGUCCUUACCUUAGCAGCCACAUGGAUGGCGAUGGGACAGGAUGGUCUCCUCAUCCUUGAGAGGAACCCUUUGCCGCAGAUCCAGGUCCAGCAUGUUCCCCCAGGGUCGUCACGCCAGUGCCCUGUUCAUGUAGCUUCCGUGCCCACCGUCUCGACCUGGCAUCAACACCUCAUGCCAUUUAUAUCUCGCGAGGAUACGGUUACACCACGUCUUCUCCAUUUUCUCGACCAGCAUCUAUACCAGUUACAGUCCGCUCACCAUCUCCACAUAAGUGGCCUCAAGACGGAACUUGAUAGAAUCUUACAGCAAGCCGAGACAAUUGCGGUACAUUGGGGUGGCUGACACAAACUACCGAGCGAUACGACGAGGGAACGACCUACUCGGACUUAGACUCGGAGUUUACAAGAUUGGUCUUUUGUACGUCCGUACUAAAUAUUAGCUUUAAACACGAGAUAUAGCCUAUCAGCAUCAAAGCAAUUUCUGUAUCGCGUUAGUCGAUGAUGAUUGCAUCAUUUCGAUGGCAGAGUGUUUGAAAGGACCAUCAUAAGGAUCGAAUCGCAUGAGUGAAUAUGAGAGGAGAGCCGUUACGCUUCGUGAGGAGGUAACUACACAGGUAAAGAUGAAAUGUGGAUCGUUACUUCGUGUUCGUGUUUGUAUCGUGAUGGCUGGGGUAGUCUUUGUUAUGCAGCGCGUGCACUCAUGUCUGUCAGCAAUAUCUGUACCUGCUAGCCGUCCCUCAAGUUGCAUGCCAUCCUGCUGAUGAGAGAUUCCCCAUUUGUAUCUGUC